GAGAAAGGGAGGGAGAGGAAGAGGAGAAGAGAGGGGGAGAGAGAGGGAGGGGUAAGAGACGGGUGAGAAAUCCAGAGAGCAGAGAGACAGAAAACUCUCGACUUGAUAAAAGAGGGCAGCUGUAAAGGAAAAGCUAAUGCUUCACCCAGACAUGAAAGGCAACCAUGUCUCCCUGCUUCGCCUGCACAGGUCACUGCUCUCAAGUCAGCAUUUAUGAUAAUGAAGGCCGGCGUGGGACUCUACUCUGCCCUGGUGCUCUGUCUACUGAUCGGGGCAGUUUUCUCCCAGAGACCACGACCUAAGAAACCUCUCAAGCCUAAACCCACCAAGCGCCCCACCUUCCGUCCUGGCCCGCCACAGGAGGAACCUCAGGAGCCCACAGAUUUCCCCCCUCCCAUCCUUGGCCCCCCCUCCAUCUUCCCUGACUGCCCUCGUGAAUGUUUCUGCCCUCCUUCCUUCCCCAACGCGCUCUAUUGUGAGAACCGGAACCUUCGUGUGGUCCCUGUCAUCCCGUCCAGAGUCCACUACCUGUAUCUGCAGAACAACUUCAUCUCCGAGGUGACGGCGGAACCCUUCCAGAAUGCCACAGAGCUGCGAUGGGUCAACCUGGCCAACAACCUUAUUAAAAAAGUGCAAAAGCAGGUGUUUGAGAAGAUACCUGGUCUGUUGUUUCUCUACUUGGAGAGGAACCAGUUGAAGGAGGUUCCUAACGACCUGCCAGCUGGGUUGGAGCAGCUCAGACUCAGCCACAACCAGAUCUCUAAGAUACCGUCUGGAGCCUUUCGCAAGAUGGAGCACCUCGCUCUGCUCGACCUGCACCACAACAAGUUGAGUGACAGUGACAUGGGGAAGGCGACAUUUAAAGACCUGAAGAACCUGGUUCAGUUGAACUUGGCCCACAACAUCCUGAAAAAGAUGCCAGCUAACAUCCCUAACAGCAUUGCACAGCUAUUCCUGGACAGGAACAACAUCGAAGACAUCCCUAAGGACUAUUUCCAAGGUUUUUUCAACUUGGCAUUUGUACGGCUCAACUACAACCAGCUCAGCGAUAAGGGAGUACCGAAGGCAGUGUUCAAUGUCUCCACCCUGCUGGACCUCCACCUGGCCCAUAACCAGCUCACCUCGGUCCCUCUGUUCAACAGCCAGCUGGAACACCUCCACCUUAACCACAACAGCAUUGAGAGUAUUAACGGGACCCAGUUGUGUCCGGUCAGUCUGUCAUCUCCCAGUCUGCAUGAUGAGGUUCUGAUGCCCAGACUCAGAUACCUGCGUCUGGAUGGGAACCACCUAAGUCCCCCUGUCCCCCUAGAUGUCGUCAUGUGUUUUAGACACCUGAGGUCUAUCGUCAUCUAGGGACAGGCCUGGAGUUCGACUGCUUCAGCACAGACACACCUAUACACACACGAUCAGCCAUCGAUGAAGUUAUACAGACACAGAUGCACAUAAGGACACAUUCCCACGCUCCCUACUAAUUAAGCAGGGUGAAAUGGUGCUGAAAAACCUGAGUUCAAUGCAAUCUGUAACGUGUUGGACACCUUCAGGAAUAUUUCACAGCUGAAAGAAUAAAAAGCUCCAAGAAGAAUAUUUAUAAAAUGAAAACCUGUUACAUUGAAUAUGUCUUUGAAGCAUGAAUGUAUCUGCACUUGCAAAACAAUAUGACUUAUUUUAUUUGUAAUUUCUGUUUAUAGUAGUGAUAAUAAUGCCAUAUCAAUAGACUAAGAGCCGCCUAGAAGAAUAAAGAUACAUUUAGUGACAAGCAACAAAUAUAGCAUAGUUAUGAUCAAUUUUUGAUGAGUCUUUGCACAUUAUGAAUAUACUGCAGCUGGAGUAGCAGAGGAGCAUUAUAAAUGUUUAUAACUGUCUAUACACAGAUAAUGCAAUGACUAAAUAAAGCACGGCUACCAUGUUGUUUAGAACAUC